AUGGAGUCACUGAAGACUAGUGACAGCGAUCUGUUCCUGAAGAUGGGCGCACUGUUCCCGGAGCUGGCCGUUCACGAGCGCACAAUCGACCACUACAUGGAUUUACUCAAAAACGACAAACUCGAUGAGACGGUUGUGAUCGAGUCGCUGGAGAAGUCGUUGAAUUACUUCCAAUCCCUGUAUAACAUCCAUUUGGCCGAUAGGCGGGCCUACGAUCACAACAAACUGGUCAACGACUUUAUCACUAUUAUAAAGAGCGCUUCCGACGCCAUUCAUCUCGAUUUAACAAUCCUCGACGGCAUUUGCAGCGAUUGCGAAGCCCUGAAGACUGUGUCCACGUGUGUGGAAGACAUCGACCAGUUCUGCAAGAAAAUCAAACGAAGACUUUCGUCCAAAACGAGGCUAACUCUGGAGCCGUCGGUCGAGAACGAGAUCUUCGACUGCAUCGCAAUGAUUGGUCGAGUAAUCACUGCAUUAAAAGUGAUUCGCAUCAACGGAUUGGCUCUGAAGAAGGAGUGCAGCGCCAAGAAGUUGGACGAAUUGGCCAAAGAUGUCGGUGGACUCAAGUUAGUCAACGAUUGCCUGCAAUCAGUGAUGACUAUCUGCUGCCAAUUCUCCACCGCUUUAGCCCAGGGCGAUUACGACGAGACCAAAGCGCCCGAACCGCGCGACACCCAAAACGCUGUGGACGUGAGGGCACAGGUAUGGAAAGCGCAGACCGAAGAGAUUAACGAAUUGAAAGGUCGGGUCGAGUCGAGAGACAGCGAAACAAACGAAUUGAAGCGCGCGUUGAAGUCAAAGAUGGAAGAGUUGAGUGAAAUGCAGAUCCGAAGAGAUUUGGCCGAAAAGAAGUUGUCGAACGCCACGAAAGACGCCGACGACAGAGUCGUUCGACUACAGAAUGAAUUGGAUUUGUGUCACAAAGAGUUUAAGGAGAAGGAGAUCGAGAGGGAGAAGACCUUAAAUAAAUACAAUCAAGAGAUUAACGAUUUGUAUUCAAAUCAGCGGAUAAUGAAAGAGAAACUCAAAGACUACUCGAAGUCGGAUCUGAUCGGGAAAAUCAUGACCUCGAAGACCAGUACCAACGAGUCGGCGCUCGUGUCGCAGAUCCGGGACUUGAGAUCGGCGUUGAAGAACAUCGCCGACGAUAACUACAAUCUGCAGGUGAAGAUCGCCGAAAGGGAUUUGCGGCUCAAACCGUUGCCCCGAAUGGAUAAAUGCAAACCCCUUUGGCUGUUGAGAGCUCAGGGAAGGGAAGCAGAGGUGGACCCCAAACAGGAGAAAAUGAUUGAUUUGACGAAACAAGCGAAUCAACUCAAGAGCGAUAUCAGACUCUCGAUGAUCACGGAAUCGGUCUGGGAUUUUAAGCUACCCAUUAAGGCACAGAUCAGGCAACAGGAGCUCAAACGGCUCGACUUUAUCUCCCGUUACGACAAACUUCAGCGAGAGAUCAAGGGUUUUGUCCAGACGUACGACGAAGGGUAUCAGUCGAGCGCUCACUUCGCGUCGUUUCCGGCGCCCCAUAUAUCCCGGUGUUUGAACGAAAAGAGCGCAAAACUGGCGGCCGUCCUAUCGGUGCCGUCGGACAGGUCAGCGGAGGUGUCCCUCGAAGUCACUUACGAACAGUUGAAAGAAUUGCACCGAAAAUUAUUGUGAAAAUGAGGCAUUUCUGGCAAUGGCUUUGUUUAUUAUGCCUUAUAUUCCGAGUUUUAAAUUUGUUAUAUUUAUUAAAAAGUGGUAUUUAUUUCAUCCGAUUCUUUGUAAUCAGUUUUAAUUUGAAAUUUAUUUUUACAAAUAAUAAAAUAGUAACUGUUUUACUAA